AUGUCAGAACUUGCUCAAACUUUACCAAGGUAUCCAACAGAUAUAUCUGUUAUAGUUGUUAAGAUGAAAGGUAAAGAUAACAACUUCAAAGAUGUGAUGGUAAGAAGGCUGGCUGUUGCCGAUGCAUUACAGGCUUAUACAAAAUAACCCACACUACAAGUGUGUAGUUGUUAUUGAUGAGAAUUACUUGGCAGCUAGUAAUGGCAGCUAGUAAUAAUACUAAUGUUUUUAUAUAUCAAAUUUCACGGUAUGUUUACGGUUAAAGGCAAUAAUAACCAAUUCUGGGCCUCCAAAUUCUUUUUUACAUUUUCGUCUGCUGACAUGCAUUGACCUGAACUACAUGCACUUUUUAGCAGCUCAGCUGAUCAGAAUUUAUAUGAUAGUAAACACGAAAAUGUUAUAAAUAAUCCCCAUAUCACUGAUUGGUUUUUUACACAACGGUUAGAUAACUUUAUUAAGCACUGGCUGUACAGAUCACUUAAUGCUGAAUGGCAUUGGUAUAGAUUUGAACACCAAGCUAGAGGCAGUAUACAUUGCCAUGGAGUUGCAAAACUUAAAAAUGAUCCAGGGUUGUGUAAACUAUCAGAAACAGCUCUUAAAGGUUAUUUGGCAGAAAAUUUAAUUAAAAACUCUGAUCAAGCAGAAAUUGAAGAACUAAAUUUACAGAUAGCCCAAAGAAAAAAGGCUUCUGAAACAGUUUGUCAGUAUGUUGACUGGCUGCUCUCUAGUUAUAACCCAGACUCUCCAGAAAAUGGUAUUUGGGUAAAACCCACUGGACACCCUUGUCAAAAACAUCCAGGCGAUAUCAAUGCAAUAUUAUUACUUUAGUAAUGAAGAAGUUGCAACUUACAAUUCUGAGCAGUUAUUAGGCCUAUGUCAGCCAAUAGCAUGUAUCAAUGCAUUUCACUCUAGUGAAUUAGCUAAGAAAGCAAGUGCUGAUGAGAUGUCGGGAUUACAACCUACUGUUUUCCUCACAAAAGUGGCACAGGUGAUGCUAACCAUGAACUUGUGGACAGAUGUAGGUUUUUACAAUGGUGCAACUGGAACAGUUUUAGAAUUUAUUUUUGCAAACAAUCACCAACCUCCAGACUUACCAGUAGCUGUUAUUGUGCAGUUUGAUGAUUACACAGGUCAUCUAUCAGCAAUCAUUUCUUUCAUGUGUUCCAAUAUUUCCAAUAGCAAUUACCUCUCACACAUGUGUGCAUGAGAGACAACAACUUCAUCUUAAACUUGCUUGGGCUAUGACAAUCCACAAAAGCCAAGGAUUAACUUAGCCAAAGGCAUGGAUAAACAUAAAAUCACUUUCGAUUGUAGGUCGAACUGAAAAAACUGCAGGAAUCUCCUACGUAGCCAUCAGCAGAGUAAGAGCACUUUCCGACUGCAUCAUUGAACCUUUGACCGAUCAAGAAGUCUGCAAAUUUAAAAUUUAGGCUUGAUGAAGAAAACCGGCUAGAGAAACUUUGAAAGAACAGCUGAAAAUGUGAUCUUAUAGUGUAUUCUGAUUUCUUACAAAUCCGUAAACACCACUUGGCAGCAUAUUAAACUUUAAUUAAUAACAAAAUUGCUUACAAUUAUUGCAUUGUUCAAUCAACUAUUUUUUAUCUCAAUGAUCUAUAGCUGUAGUAACAGUUUUGUUCCCAGACAGCCAGACAUUGGAUACAGGCUUAUAGAUUAAUGUAUAUCUCAUACACCGAUAUACUGUGAUUCAUAUAAUAGCUGAAAACUACAUGUACAAAUUAUUGCAUAUCAGAUAUAAUUGCAGUAGUAUUAUGUUAUAAAAACCUACAGGCUUACUGUGUACAGUACACUACAUCCAACUCAUAUUCCAUUUAUUAUCAGGAAUAUUCCUCCAGUCUGAAACGACCGAUACACUGUACAAUUGGCUUCAGGUGAGUUUCUAUAUCAGUACUGUAUAUUUUAUUUUCCACCACUACUGUACCUCGUUUGAGAUUUUAGAAUACAGGCGAUAGUCUCUUUUACUGGAAAAACUCAAAAAAAGAUCAUUUGAGUUUUUCCUCACAAGUGGUCCAUCUUUAUAACAGCACUCCAUGUCCUAUGACAUCACUGACAGGUCAGUACUGCAGCUUAUCGACCACUCGUACACCAAUCAAAUUACUGCAUUGAUGGACUGCCUUGCCAUAUAAUAAUUUUAAAAACUCAAUAGAAAAACACUCAGGAGCAAAACACAAAGAAAAAUCAUAAGCGUGUCGUGGUUUUAUAUGUGAUAAAAAAUCAUGUUAAUUUACAUAAACUUUAGCUUUGAUUUUCUCAGUUUAGACAAAGUUUAUUUUAAAAAUUACUUCGCCACUGAACUUGUAUAAGAUGAGUAAUUUUUUAAGCUAGUUAAAGCACUUGUAGUUGUGUUUUAUCACAUAUAAAACACUCUGCUACACGUCAUGUUUUAUAUGUGAUAAAACACCCCUAUGUGUGCUUUAAAUAGUACUUCAAACACUCAUUAAUAAUUCAUAAACUUAUUGACAAAUCAUGUCAACCAUAAUAUGUCACAUGCAGUGGCUUUAAACCUGAUAAAACACUCCUAAUUAGUAUUCUUUAUAUAAAGAAUACUAAUAAGGCAGUAUCUAUUGUAGUCGUGUCCUCAUUAGUAUUCUUUAUAUAAAGAAUACUAACAAGGCAGUAUAUCUAUUGAAUUUGUAGUCAUGUAUGAUGCCGUUUAAUAAACUCGCAGGUCAUGUUUUAUUAGGUCUAAAGCCACUUCCGCUGCGCGCUCGUGUCUUUAAACCUAAUAAAACACUCCUGCUCGUUUAUUAAACAGUACAUAGAGCAUUAGCCAUUAUUUUCCACUUUUAUUAUUAUCAAGUAUAUGUAUUCCAUUUUUAUUGUAGACAUUGAUCCAAACAAGAUAGAUUGCUUUGUUCAUCAAGUCUCACCAAUCAAAAAUUCUGGUAAAACAAAAUAUUUUGAUUGUAAACUUCAGACAAGAUCCAGUGUAGUGAAAGGUGUCUGUUUCAGCCCCGAAAAGAAAAAACACCUUGAAGAUUUCAUGUAUACAUGCAAAGCCGUAACAUUAACAAAGUGUGAUAUCACAUGGUGGGCAAAAAAGACAGCAAAUUUGGCCACGUACAAAUAACUUUCUGUCAUUAGUUUGGAAUAUCAUGAAAUUUCCUCAAAGGAUAGAACUUGACAUUCCUAAAAAUUGUAUGUUUUUUGUUUUCAAUAUUGUUACAUUUUGGUGGAAAAAUGACGUCCCAACUUUGGCACCAAAAAACUAAACUCGAACUAAGAACAUGCUAGGAACUUUUUUGAAGAGAUUAUGCUAUAAGGAUCUCAAAACUGUAAAAACAUUGAAAAUACGCCUAAGCGGUGCAAAGAUAUGGUGCUUAAAAGUCUGAAAAAUCCGCCAUUUUGUUACUAAAAAUAGAUUUUUUUAAAACUUUGAAUCGCCAUAUCUUCACACUGCCUUGUUGUAUUUUCAAUAUUUUACAGUUUUGAGAUCCUUAUAGGACAAUCGCGCCAAUAUGUAACAAUAUCGAAAAACAAAAAACAUAUGAUUUUUAGGAAUGUCAAGUUCUAUCUUGUGAAGAAGUUUCGUGAUAUUCCAAACUAGCGACAGAAAGUUAUUUGCAUGUGGCCAAAUUUGCUGUCUUUUUUGGCCACCAUGAUCAGCAACAAGUUCAACGUAGCCAACAACGUUAUCAAUAAGAAAACCAAUGUCCAAAAGUGCACAACCCCUCUCAACUUUGAACGUGUUGACGUCGAAAAUACAACAGUCAAAUUGUCAACGGUGAAAUCAAUCCUGUUUGGUCAGCUCAUUAAUGUCAAGGCUACUUGUACGUCAAUUGUCAGGCUCAAAAAUCAUAUCGACUUCAGCUGGUGCAAGACUGAAAAAACAAGAGACUGUUCUUGCGACCCAUUUGGCUCCAUCAAGAUCAUUCUGUGGGAGGACUUCGUGGACACCAUUGAAACUGGGAAUACGUAUGACUUCGUGGACACCAUUGAAACUGGGAAUACGUAUCUCGUCAAGAACAUAAGAUUAAAGAAAGAUAAUUAUAUUAACAUCAUAUAUUUCAACACAGCGAUGACUGGUACUCAAAUUAACGAGGCGACAGCGUUCAACCAGCCUCUUGCUGAGGAAUCUGAUGAUGCACAACUCACCAUUCUGUCUACCACAGAAAUCACUGCACAUAUUAUCGGUGUCACCACCAUAAACAUCCAUCGCACAUGCUCUUGCAACAAAGCCAUCGAAGAACAGGGAAAGCUAUCCAACACCAACAACCAAUGGUAUGUUAAGCUGUACGUCCAAGAUACCACAAAUCAAGCCAAUAAAGUUUAUCUUUCACUCUAUCAUUCUAUGCUUGUCAAAUUGGUAGAAGUGGCUGAUCUCAAAGUUGAUCUUAAUUUUUGUAAUGAAGAAGAUCUUACAAUUGCUCUCCUUGAUUCUACAGGCGUAACAUGCUAUGAUACUGCUGCGAAAGUGACAGAUGUCACACCCAUCAUCAUAUGA